CCGCCAGCAGCCAUAGCCUGCCUCUAUCUAUCGACCUACACGUAAAAGCAGCGCGACGUAAACAAACUACAAUAACGGCGAGAUGUUGCACGCCUUGAAAGGCUGAAUGCUUCUUCCUGUUUUUUGUCGAUGACUUGGUUAUGUAUGCAUAACUCUAGCUCAUGGUCAUUAGCUUCUCACUGCAAAGCAAGUCAUCGUGUGGGGAGGACAGAAAUGGCAGCCUCGAUCCCCUUGCUUCUGCUUUCGGUCCUUGCCUCGCUGUCGCCCUUGGCGCUCGCUACAACCUUUCGUGACGGUGAUUACAUCCACACAUCAAGGAAAGCGCAAUUCCAUCAGUCGCGGACGAACUGGCAGGACUUGCUGGGGCAGCACUGUCCCCGGUUUGGUAUCGACCGCUUGGUGGCGGUGCCCAUCCCAAAGCCGCAGCUUGCGUUCGGCAAGGGUGACACCUACAAGCUGCAGUUCUCGUUCGACGGCGACCGGCACCUCACGCCGUGGCUGCCUCUGCUGGGCGAGGGAGCGCCGGCAGUACCGCUCAUAAUAGUGACCCUGCGGCGGUCGGGGGAGGAGCUGCUAGGGGCAACUGCGGCGGUGCUGGACGCGCCGGAGGAGUACAAGCAGCGGCACCCGGUGCUGGUGUCGGAGCUGCACAACGUGACGCACUGGCCCAAACACGUGCUCGUGCACUACCGCUUCGACACGCGCAAUGAUGUGGACCUGGACCGCGGCCUGUACGUGCUCUUCCCCAUCGGCCUGAUAGCGGUGCUUGUGCUGUGCCUGAGCGCGCUGCGCGGCGUGCAGCCCAAGCUUGCACAGUUCCUGGCGGACGUGACGGCGGAGGGCACCACCGCGGCAUCGGCCAUGUGGAAGGGCAGCGAGGGCAAGGGCGAGUGAGCGCCGCCAGGGUGGCUGGAAGGCGCCACAAGUGCUGGUUAGUGCUGAGCGGCAGGGCUUGGUCCUGAGGUGGCUGGGCAGCCUUGUAAAGACAGCCGCUGCAUGGGCGAAAUGCUGAUGGUGGAGAUGGAAGCGGGGUCUUUAUUAAUGGCUCAGCCUAAUCUACACGGGUGCGGUAGCUGCCAGGGGUGUGAACCCUGGCAAUUCGUAAUGGAUAGUACCGUGCAUGGCCAUGGGUGCAACGUGGAUUGAAGUCGGACUGUGUCCAGGACUGAGUGGCUGAAUUGUCACUUGUUGGACGCUCUCAAAUGUGAAGUGUCUCGCGCAGUGCCCUCCACGGGUGCGACAUGCCCCCACGAUAUUAGGGCCAUUCGUGGCUCUCGCCAACGCGGCGUCUCACACGCCGAAGCAGUGUGUUGAGUUUGCGCCUAGGACAGACGAUCACUCAGGACGGUGUAUUGGGCCUCGCGCUGAGACAUGAUUAGCCCACCUAGCUCCCUACGUCAACGGACUUAGGCCGGACGGCUGA